UGCACACCCCUUUCCCUCGAGAAUUCUUGAAUUUUAAUCAAAGACAAUACUUUUCCAGGUUCCCAAGUUUCAGUGUCAAGAUCUGUCUUAGGAAUCUACAAUGGAGUUACAUUAUAUGAUUCACUAAUAAUAGUAAUAUAUACAGUGGUAAAUAAAUAAAACUAGCAACAAAAAUCUUUCCCACGUGUUCAUGUCCAUCCACAAAUAUCUCCACUGCCCAAUUCAUUCAAGAUUUCCAUUUUCAAUCUCUCAUCAGCUCACAGUUUAUAUAUACGUAAUAGAGUGAAUUUCUUUACGUUUUAAAGCUAAAAAGAUCAGGAAAUCUUGAACUUCCUGUAGUUCAUUCAUUGCCAUGGACUAUCCUUGUAUAUUGCGCUGCAAUUUUGCUUCCAGUUCCAAUGCUAUUGCUUCAUCAAGUAAUUCUAGAUGCCCCCAUAACAAUAUCCCAUCUAAAUUUCUUCACCGAAAGGUUUCAAUUCCCCUUUCGCAUGGGAAACAUCUUGGAUUCUUUUCCAUUGGACCCAUCAGAAGGGAUUCUGUUAAAAUGACGGUCUCUGCUGUUUCUUCGGUCGAAACCAGGGAAGAAGAAAUGAAGAAGGACAAGAAAAAGAAAAGGCAGUCUAAAACGUCAGGUGCUGACAAGGUGAAGCUGAAGGUUAGGCUAGAUCACCAAGUCGAAUUUGGGGAACAUGUUGCUAUUUUGGGGUCAGCUAUAGAGUUAGGCUCAUGGAAGAAUAAAGUGAUGAUGGAUUGGACAGAAAAUGGAUGGGUAUGUGAUCUGGAAUUGAAUAGCAAUGAAGAGCCCGUUGAGUAUAAGUUUGUGAUAGUAAGCAAGGAUAAGGGGAAGUUAGUAUGGGAAAGCGGUGAUAACCGCAUUUUAAAGUUCUCAGGGAAUGGAAACUUUAAUAUUGUUUGUAGGUGGAACAAAACUAAUGAACAGGUAGAAGUACUGCCUUGGGAUGGGAAAGAUGCUGAGGGAGUGGAGGCAGAACAAAUUAAAAAUGGGAAUGUUGUUACCGCCUCUAUAGAAGAGGCUGUUACCUCAAGUGCCUUUGUGGAGCAAUGGCAAGGGAAGGAUGUUGCAUUUGUUCGUUCAAAGGAUCAUUUCGAUGCAGAAAAGAACAGAAACUGGGAUACUUCAGGUCUCGAAGGGAUUGCUUUGAAAUUAGUGGAAGGUGAUCGUAGUGCUAGGAACUGGUGGCGGAAGCUUGAAGUUGUUCGAGAGCUUGUGGUUGAAAACAUUGAGAAUGCAAAGCGCUUGGAAGCGCUUACAUAUUCAGCAAUAUAUUUGAAGUGGAUAAACACAGGUCAAAUUCCUUGCUUUGAAGAUGGAGGCCAUCAUCGGCCAAACAGGCAUGCAGAGAUUUCCAGGCUUAUAUUUCGCGAACUUGAAAGAAUUUCCAGCAGAAAAGACACUUCACUUCAGGAAAUACUUGUUAUCCGCAAAAUUCAUCCUUGCUUACCAUCUUUUAAGGCAGAGUUCACAGCAUCUGUCCCAUUAACAAGAAUUCGAGAUAUUGCUCAUAGGAAUGAUAUCCCUCACGACCUUAAGCAAGAAAUUAAGCAUACUAUACAAAACAAGCUUCAUCGAAAUGCUGGUCCUGAAGAUUUAGUUGCCACAGAAGCAAUGCUUGCCAGAAUUACGAAGAAACCUGGAGAAUACAGUGAAGCUUUUGUUGAGCAAUUCAAGAUAUUCCAUCGAGAACUCAAAGAUUUCUUCAAUGCUGGAAGUCUGGAAGAACAACUGGAAUCAAUUAGAGAUUCACUGGAUCAAACCUCAGCAGCCCUAUCUGCGUUUAUAGAGUCAAAACAGGCAUUGGAUAAUAUGGACAGUCAUAAUUAUAUUUCUGAAAGUGAAUGGAUGAGAGUGUUGAUGAAAACAAUACAAGCUCUGAGUAAUCUCCGCCAAGAAAUUGCCAAGGGUCUUGAGAGUGGGCUUCGGAAUGAUGCUCCUGAUGCUGCAAUAGCAAUGCGCCAAAAGUGGCGUCUUUGUGAGAUUGGACUUGAAGACUAUGCAUUUGUUCUUUUAAGCAGGUUUCUUAAUGCACUUGAAGCUGUUGGAGGAGCUCAUUGGCUUGCAGAUAAUGUAGAUCAAAAGAAUAUUAAUUCUUGGAAUGAUCCACUUGGAGCUCUAGCCAUCAGUGUCCAUCAGUUGGGCCUAUCUGGCUGGAAGCCUGAUGAGUGCAGAGCUAUUGGAAAGGAGCUUCUAGCAUGGAAAGAGAGAGGUCUUCUGGAAACUGAAGGCAGUGAAAACGGUAAGAGAAUAUGGGGUUUAAGGCUUAAAGCUACACUUGAUAGAGCUAAGAGACUGACUGAAGAAUAUUCUGAGGCCCUUCUUCAUAUAUUCCCUCAAAAAGUUCAGAUAUUGGGAAAAGCUUUGGGGAUUCCUGAGAAUACUGUGAGGACAUAUACUGAAGCUGAGAUUCGUUCUGGGGUAAUUUUUCAGGUUUCCAAACUGUGCACCCUUCAUUUGAAGGCUGUUAGGAAUGUUCUUGGAUCUCAAGGUUGGGAUAUUCUUGUACCAGGAGAUGCUUUUGGAACUCUCAUCGAGGUAGAGAGUAUUGUUCCUGGGUCAGUACCAUCAUCUGUUACUGGACCAAUUAUUCUAGUUGUGAGCAAAGCUGAUGGAGAUGAAGAGGUAACAGCUGCUGGAGCAAACAUUGCUGGAGUUAUACUUAUGCAGGAGCUGCCUCAUUUGUCUCAUCUUGGUGUUAGGGCUCGCCAAGAGAAGGUUGUUUUUGUGACCUGUGAAGAUGAUGAAAAUGUUGCAGAUAUCAAGAUGCUGAUCGGGAAAUUUGUGAGGUUGGAAGCAUCCUCUGCAGGUGUCAGCUUGAUACCAACUUCAGCAAAGAGCACGAAUGGUAAUAUUCCACUGGAAAAUCAAUCAACCACAGGUUCACCGGAGGUUGGAAGCUCAGAAGGAAAUACCACUUCCUCGCUUACUGGCAAAACAUCUGACAUCAAUCAGGUUUUGUCAGCUGGAGAUGUUAUAUUGCUUGAAAAUGCUGAUUUACAAAGCUCUGGUGCAAAGGCUACAGCUUGCGGUUGCCUGGCUUCUUUGGCUGCUGCUUCUAGUAAAGUGUACAAUGAACAAGGAGUUCCUGCAUCAUUUAACGUCCCCAAUGGAGCAGUAUUGCCUUUCGGUUCUAUGGAAUUGGCUUUGGAGCGCAAUGGAUCAAUGGAGACGUACAGGUCACUAAUUGAAAGGAUAGAAGCGGCUCAAAUCGAUGGAGAACUCGAUAGGCUUUGUAAUGAACUAGAGGAGCUCAUUUCUUGCUUGAGUCCCCCAAAAGAAACCAUUGAAAGCUUAUCAAAAUUAUUUCCAGAGAACGCAAGAUUAAUAGUCCGUUCUAGUGCUAAUGUGGAGGACUUGGCUGGAAUGUCAGCUGCUGGGCUUUAUGAAUCAAUUCCUAACGUCAGCCCUUCUAAUCCAAUUAUCUUUGGACAUGCCAUUGCACGAGUUUGGGCUUCCCUGUAUACUCGCAGAGCAGUUCUAAGCCGCCGAGCUGCUGGUGUGCCCCAAAAUAAGGCCGUAAUGGCUGUUCUUGUGCAAGAAAUGCUUUCUCCAGACAUAUCCUUCGUACUCCACACUCUUAGCCCCACAGACAAGAACCAGAAUCUGGUUGAGGCAGAGAUUGCUCCAGGACUUGGGGAAACUCUUGCUUCUGGCACAAGGGGCACUCCCUGGAGACUCUCCAGUGGUAAAUUUGAUGGGACAGUGCAAACUUUAGCAUUCGCAAAUUUCAGCGAGGAAUUGGUAGUACGCAGUGUUGGCCCUGCAGACGGCGAAGUUAUACAGUUGACGGUAGAUUACAGCAAGAAACCUUUGACUGUGGAUCCCAUAUUCCGACAGCAGCUCGGGCAGAGGCUUGGCGCUGUUGGUUUCUUCCUGGAGCAGAAGUUUGGGUGUCCACAGGAUGUAGAAGGUUGUUUGGUUGGCAACGACAUUUUCAUCGUGCAGACACGUCCACAGCCAGAAUAAGGGAGGACCGUACUUGUAACUAAUCAAGGCUGGUGCAUGAAUACAAGUUGGAAAACAGAGGUGCAUGUAGCAGAAUAGGUACUCAUAUAAGGACACUCCCUGAUUAGUGUCCAUUGGCCAAAUCAAACGAAUAUAUAUACUUCCUUAAACAAUUUAAUUUGAAGUCAGUAA